AUGGGGUGUUCCCUCCGGCACACCCUGCCCGGUAGUAACCUGUAUCCCGGAUAUUUCCUCCCUGAUACUUAUGAUUUUACGUACAACACCAAUUUCUUCUUUCUUCCAGAAUUGUGUUGUGUUCCGGACAUCUGGACGGCCGAGGGCGGGGUCGUUCGAGGCCCGACGCUCGUCAAGCAGGAGCGACCAACGCCUACGCCCACGCCCGCCGGUACACCCACCACCACGCCCUCGACGACGCCCGCGCCCAUGCUGGCUCACCCUGCGCUCCCUUCCAUCCUUGCGCCCAUACAGCAAGUGCCGCUCGAUCUGCAAAUCGACUCCUGCGAGAACACGGACCCAGACCCCAACGUGACGCUGGACUACGUGCUCAACAGCAACGGCACCGCGACCUGCAAGCUCUGCGGCGAACUGCUCCCGUCGAGGAACCACUGGUAUCGCCACAAGUACAAGACCCACGCGACGGCGCUCUACCGCUGCGAUGACUGGGCGUCGUCUACAAGAGCAAGAAGGGCUACGAGACACACAUGA